AUGAGCGUAUUGAAACUACAAAAAAAGUAUCCUGUGUUGACCCAGGAAGAUCUCUUCCAAGUCAUUGAUGACUUCCGAAAGAUCGACCUAGAUGAUAAAGGUUGGGCUGAUAAGCAAGAGGUGAUUGAAAGUGUCUCUAACGCUGGACAUGGCUCGUAUGACGAAAUCCGUGAGACCUUGAAGACCGUCUCCGUGGACGCUUCUGGUCAUGUGGAACUUGAAGAUUUUGUUGAGUUGGUCUCCAAGUUGAAAGAGUCCAAAGUUAACCCUAAGCAACCUACAAGAACUGAUACCUCUGACAUAUUCCAUAGGGGAGCUAAAGCCAGCACUAAACAUGUGUUCAAGGGUGCGUCUUCUGGAAGUACUCAUACAAUCAAUGACGAAGAGAGAGUCGAAUUUACCAGACACAUCAACUCCGUCUUGGCCGGAGACCCUGAUAUCGGUGAUAGAUUACCGUUCCCUACCGACAGUAAUCAAAUUUUUGAUGAAUGUAGUGAUGGUCUUGUUUUGUCCAAACUUAUCAACGAUUCGGUCCCUGAUACUAUCGACACUCGUGUUCUGAACUUCCCAAAGGGCAAUAAGAAGCUCAACAAUUUCACAAUGUCUGAAAAUGCUAACAUUGUCAUCAAUUCUGCCAAGGCUAUCGGGUGUGUUGUCGUUAAUGUGCACUCUGAAGAUAUCAUUGAUGGUAGAGAACAUUUGAUUUUGGGAAUUAUUUGGCAAAUCAUCAGAAGGGGGCUGUUGAGCAAGAUUGACAUUAAACUGCACCCAGAGUUAUAUCGUCUUCUAGAAGAUGAUGAAACGUUAGAGCAAUUUUUGAGGUUGCCCCCAGAACAAAUUUUACUAAGAUGGGUGAACUACCAUUUAAAGGCAGCUGGAACUUCAAGAAGAAUCUCCAAUUUUUCCAAAGACGUAAGCGAUGGUGAAGCUUACACGUAUUUGCUGAACCAACUUCAACCACAGCAUUGUGAUUUAUCUCCCCUAAAAACUUCCGAUUUAUUGACAAGAGCUUCGCAAAUAUUGGACUCUGCUGACCGGAUUGGAGUAAGAAAGUAUCUGACUCCGACAUCUCUAGUCGCAGGUAAUCCUAAACUGAACUUGGCGUUUGUUGCUCAUUUGUUCAAUACCUAUCCAGGUUUGGACCCUAUUGAGGAGGAAGAAAAGGCUGAGAUUGAAGAAUUUGACGCUGAAGGCGAAAGGGAAGCAAGAGUAUUUACUCUGUGGUUAAAUUCUUUGGAUGUCGAUCCUCCAAUCGUUAACUUGUUCGAGGAUCUAAAGGAUGGUACUAUUCUUUUGCAGGCUUUUGACAAGGUAAUGCCUGGCUCCGUAUCGCUUAACCAUGUAAACAAGAGAAAGAACGGGGUUGAACUUUCUCGUUUCAAGGCACUGGAAAACACAAAUUACGCAGUCGAGAUUGGUAAGGCCAACAACUUCUCUCUGGUUGGUAUCGAAGGUGCUGACAUAGUCGAUGGUACCAAAACUUUGACCUUGGGCUUAGUCUGGCAAUUAAUGAGAAGAAACAUCAACAAUACUUUGAGUUCUCUUUCAGUGAAUGGUAAGGAGAUUUCUGAUAGGGAAAUUCUUCAAUGGGCUAAUGCUCAAGUUGCCAAAGGUGGAAAAUCCUCCCAAAUCAGAUCCUUCAAGGAACCAUCACUUUCUUCUGGUAUUUUUCUAUUGGACGUCCUUCAUGGUCUUAAACCUGGCUAUGUUGAUUACGAUCUGGUUACAGCGGGCAGCACAGAGGAAGACAGAUACGCCAACGCCAAGUUGGCCAUCUCCAUCGCAAGAAAGUUGGGAGCCCUAAUCUGGUUAGUUCCUGAAGACAUCAACGAAGUUCGACCUCGUCUGAUCUUGACCUUUAUUGGUUCUCUGAUGGCCUUGGAACUGUAG